AAUGAUACAACUAUGAUCAAAGUCAUAGUAACCUGGCUAUGGUUCAUUCAUAUUAUUCUAUGUCUUGAAAACUGGCCCACCUUAUCAGAUACCCUCCAAGUGGCUAUCAGGUCUCAACGUGAUGUUUCCAUGACUGUCCCUAUUGACCAAAUAUCCAACGCUGGUGGGUCCUUAAAUUCAAUGAUAUUUGACCAAUAUGGUUAUACUAUGGAUAGUAUGAGUUAUGUUGACAAUUUCUUAACUGUUGGUGUACAAACAUUCAUGGUUGAUUUAUAUUGGAACGAAUUCACACAAGUAUGGCAACUUUGCCCUGCCCCUAUACCAAACAAUGUCACGAGUAAUAUCGUAGACAUUAAUUGGAAUAACAGAAGCUAUAAAUGUGACACAAACAUAAGUACUCAGACUUUCCUUAAUCGAUUUAACAACUUUAUUUUGGAAACCAAUACUAAUUUUGAAGUGAGUUUAAUCACGGUACUACUUAAUUUAAAAUCAAUUCAUUAUACUAAAUCGAAUAUGACCAUAGGGUACGAUCUGCUUUUUAAUCAUACCAUCCCAGGAAAUUCAACCUUGAAUGCUACAUUUUCAGGCCUUGGCACUUCAUUAUUUACUCCAGAGGUUUUGCAAACUUAUAGAAAUACCGUGGCCGUAGACACUACCAACAUGGGGUUUUAUAACCUGUCCAGUGCAUUGAUGCCUUCAUUAAACAUGGUAUUGUAUACUGAAUUAAGGAGAAUUAUGUUGAAUGUCGUGUCUAAUGAAUUGAUUUCUUCUACAAGAGGAUAUACCAUUACAGAAAAUGAUAAAAUGGGACUUUUCUUUAAUGACACACUACCCACGAGUAUUAAGGCUACAAAUUCUGAAUCCAUGACUCAUUUGUGUCAAAAUUUAGUGGAAAAUUUCGAUACAGAAAGAACAAAUUUCAGAUUUAUUAUCGAUAAUGACUUUGACCCUUUUACAUUAUCUACCGUCAGACAGUACAUCCGAUGUGGAUUAACUCCGAUUUUCAAUGCUACUGCUUAUAAAGUUAAUCUGACACGUAUACGAGAUCUUGGCCAGAUUUUUAAUGCAUUCAUUCCAUACCUGCUUUGGUCGUGGGCCCCAUUCCAACCGGUAACACCGAAUAACCAAUUUACAAAUUCAUCAUCUAUGUCCAAUGGUACUAUUCCAUAUAGAUGUGUUUUGCUUAAUACAAAUGGUUGGGAGGUGGCCAACUGUUAUGAUUCAUACCCAUUUGCGUGUCAAAACCUGUCUUCACCCCAUGAUUGGUAUAUAGACCCAAAUAAGCAGAAAUCAUACUUUGAUAUAGAUCAUGACGAUUGUCCCGAGGAUUUUAAAUUUAGUUUACCUCGACUGAAUGGAGAAAUGCUAUCAUUAAUGAAUAUGACCGAUACUGAAGUGUUGCCUAUAUGGAUAGACUUGAAUGAUCUUACGGUGGAUAAUUGUUUUGUUUCGGGUGGACCAUAUGCCGAAUGUCCUUAUCUGAAAACAAUUACUGCAAAUACAUUUGUUAAAUCUAUUGCUCCCAGUGUUGUAGUUGGUGUUGUUAUAUUGAUCUUAAUCUUUUUCGAGAAAGUAUUUAGACUGAAUCCGAUACAAACCAAUCGAAAAAGGUAUUGGAAACGAACUCUACAAGAUUAUUAUGAGAAGAACGACUAUGAAGGUGUUCCAUCAUAACCGGGAUUUAUAUAUAUAUAACUUAAUAUGCAGGACAUUAUUAUAGUG